UUUUCAGUAACAAUAGCUAGGUUAACCACAGGAACGCAACCAGGAAGACUAACAGAUUUAUUACGUGUGUUCCUACGGGUAGCUAAGCAAACGUUCGGUUAGCUAGCUGUUACCUAGCGUUAGCUUGUUCAACGGAAACGAAUUGGUAAUGGAAUAGAUUCAAUUGUGAACGAUGUAGUGCGUCAAAGUGGGCAACUUAUUAAGAAUAUUUUAUGACACCAUAGAAGUGUGUAGCUCUAAACGUCGCAUCCAGUUAGCAUAGUUCAGUUUGAAGAUAUUUAAUUUGGCCAUUAGUCACGUUUGUUCGACAGCCUGUCUUAGCGGGUUAAGCGUUAGCGAGUCAUUUCCUUCACGAAUUAGCUAGUGAAGAGGAUUAGUGUAAGAACACUGCAUCUUAGGCUGUUUGUGUCCGUAGCAUUAUGCCCCCUCGCCACAAAUAAUGUACUCCCUGUAGACUCUUAGGAAUAUACAUGUUUGUGUAACAGAUUAUGCAACCCUGUAGGACAUGUGCUCAUGUUGUUAUUUUUGUUAGUACCCAGAAAAGUCUGCCGAGGUUGUUGCUGGCACGUUGAGGGACAGAUGAGUUCGAUAGGUGACACUGUCUUGUAUGGAAUGACAACCUCACAGAGAUAUUUUGAAUCCAAACCAGCCUCUCGGUUCGCUGACAUGGAGUGGCAGACACCAGCUGUGUCAGAGAAGUUCCAAAGCCGCUUUGGCCGCCGGCCUGGAACAUCGGACAGUGGAGACACUGGUCUUGGCACCUCAGCAUCUGACAGCGCAGAAGAUUUCUGCAGUUCCAGCAGCAGCCCAUCUUUUCAGCCCAUUCGAAGUCAGAUCCCUAUACCCACUGCACAUGUCAUGCCAUCCACGGCCGGUUCCCCGGCCUCAAAGCCCCAAUCAUGUGUGCAGGAGGACUUUCUAUCCAAUGUUGAAGGGCGCAGGUCUUCGUCAGGCUCAAGAACCACCUCCACUUCAAAAUCUUCCUCUCUCUCCAAAUCAGCAUCUUCGCCCAACUUGGACGCUCCGGUUGGGAUGGGAGGUGAUCCUGUCGGGCCUAAGCCAGACUGCCUGAGUCGUUAUCGCAGCCUUGUCAAUGGGCUGGACCACUCGCUUUUCCCUACAGAUUACACACGGGUGGAUGACGGCCACAGGUUUGACACUCCUGCUGUGGAACCAACACUAAAUCAGUCAGCCCUGUUGGGAGGCUUAUGUCCUGAUGCCAGACUCCGAUUACAGACAACUGGGAUCUGUGAUACUCCAGACUGUGUGUCUGAAGGCUACAGAGGAAUGGAGCACAGUUUUAAGGUCCUGCCUGAAGCUAGGCCAGGAGCCUCUGGUACAGCAGAAACCUCUAAUCAGAGGUGCAGUCAGCCUGGUGCAACUGCUGGAGUUUAUGCAAGCCCUCUGAGCCUGCAGACACAAACUCUGCUGAGGGAGCACUCAGCUUCCAAAGGUUAUGAUUCACUGCGGCAGGACAGAUGCAGCGAACUAUCCAGCUGGCAACAACAGCAGCAGCAUAAGCAGCAACUGGAUACGUUACGCCUCCAGGUCGAACAAAUGCAGUUAAUGAGUGCUGGAGUGGGUCAGUACGCAUCUCUAUAUUCAACUCCUGUUCACUCGGAGUCUGGAAAGUGGGAUGCUCUGGUCAAAGCCAGUGAAAGUCUAUUAAAGGAGAAGGAGCUUAUUAUUGAGAGACAAAAACAGCAUAUGACCCAACUGGAGCAGCGUCUAAGAGAAAGCGAGCUUCAAGUCCAUGGAGCCAUUCUGGGUCGAGGGGCUUCCUAUGGGGACAUGUGCAUGCUGCGGCUGCAGGAGGCACAAAGGGAAAAUGCUUUCCUGAGGGCGCAGUUUAGUGAGCGCACAGACUGCAUUGCCUUGGAGAAAGCAGAGGCUGAACGCAGGCUGGGGGCAGUUGAGGCUGAGACGCGCCGACUAACGGAAAGUCUGAAGGAAACCUGUGAGAGACAUGCAGAAGAAAUGAAGAAACAGGAUGAGAGGAUACGCAGUCGAGACAAGCACAUCAACAACCUGAAGAAGAAGUGUCAGAAGGAGGCAGAGCUGAAGAGAGAGAACCAGCAGCGUAUUGAGACCCUGGAGCGCUAUCUAGCUGACCUGCCCACUUUAGAGGACUACCAGAGCCAGAAUAAGCAGCUGCUUGAGGCCGAACAGCAGGCAUCUGAGCUACAAGAGAAAGUCAAAGAACUAGAGCUCUGUCUGGAGACAACACGCUCACAGCUACGAGAAAAAGAAGCGCAACUGGAGGAUCAGAAACGCAGGGAGAGAGACCUGCUAACCACCAUUACAGAUAUGCAGCAGCGGGUGCAGCAGGGCCUUGAGGAUGGAGCCAGACUGCCUUCUCUGGAUGUUGAGAAGCUAAGAGGAGAGAACAAUAGUUUGAGAGAAGAGCAGCAGAGACUCAAAAAGGUGAUUGAGAAGCAGCACCGAAUGAUGGAACAGCUUGGCUCGCAGAUCCAGGCUUUGGAAGAGCAGAUCUCCCAGGAAGAGAUUAGCUCACAGGCUCUGAGAGAAGAGGCGCUGGCCAAGGAGCAGAAUGUGUUGGAGCUCCACACUGCAAUGAAGGAGUUGUCGGCCCAGAACCAAGAACUGAUGGAGCAGAAUCUGACCCUGCAAGAGCAGAUGAGUGAUUCAGAGCAGAAGAGCUCUACCCAGGCCUCAUCUGCCCUGCAGCCAGCGGGGGCUCGGCUCACCCAGAGCCUCCAUCUAGAGAUCGCCUCCUGCCUCAGUGAUCUGCGCUCCUUGUGCAGCAUUCUGACCCAGAGAGCUCAGGGACAAGACCCCAACCUCUCCCUGCUUCUUGGUCUCACAAGUCCCCAGCCAGUGACACAGCAGGAUGAGGACUGGAUGAGUCCAGAAGUGCUGCAGAAGAAGCUUGUUGAGGCGCAGCAGCUCCGUCGAGACGUGGAGGAACUUCGCAACGUAAUCCUGGAUCGUUACGCGCAGGACAUGGGAGACAACUGCAUCACCCAGUAACCUUGCCACGCACACAGUUAAUGAAGGAGACUUGUCAGAGCUCCAUUUCUAAAACAGACUUGUCUUCUCCUCCUAAUUGCUGAAUGUCGGAAAGAGGACUGGAUUUUAAUUUUCUUAAAACAAGGACAGAGGAAAGCCCUAAUGGUUUAGCUUCUAGUUCAAUCCACUGACUGAACAUCAGGUCUCAAGCCUGCCUGUAGCUCAGAGCACUCCCACCCCCUGGUGAGUUUAUCUAGUCUAUCUAUUUCAGUCCAAGGGCUAACAGAAAAUAACUUACCUCUUAUACUUGAUCUUUUAAGCAUUGUGUGUGUGCGCGCGCAUGUAUGUUUGUGAGAGCGUCUUUCAAUAGUGAUGAUGUGAGACGCUCUGUUACCAAACAGUCUUAUGCGUUAUGUUCCUCUCUAGUGGAUAAAUAUUUCUGUAGAUGUCCCACAAAUAUGAUUUAUUUAAAUGUUACAUUUCCCAUCUAAGGGGAAUUAUUUGAGGAGUGGUUGACAAUCAACUGACAUUAACCUGUGCAUUUAACUGAAUUCACGAGGAAAUGUUUCUAACAUGCCAUUAUUUAAAAUGGUGGACACUGUAACAUGAGACUGGGGUUUAAUACCAAAUGAUCUUCCACCAACAGGCCUAUAACCAUUGUAUUACCAAAGACAACUCUGGUUGAAGCAGUUGUGAACCUCUGCGAUGGUUUCUGAAUGUGUCUCUUUGCUGCAGGCCUCGUUACGGACUGUACCAAUGUGCCUUCCUGUCACCUUUGCAGCCACAAUAGCUAGUUCAUUUUAGAGCGACCACAAAGGGCUCUUUACAGCUGACUCUUCCACUAUGACCUUUCUCUGAGCGCAUCAACCAGUAGGACAGUUGAUACAUUCCCUGACUCUGAAUGUAGCAGCAACUUGGGGCCACGUCACAGAGCUCGUGCAAGCCCCUGUUCAGUAAACCUCAUUAGUUUAGGUGGUCUAUUUACAACCUGCUUUGUUUAGAUAGAUGUCUGUAUACUGUAUGUGUCAGGGUUGUAAUGGCUUGGCCAGAUGUUUGAUAAAUAUAGGUCUCAGAAACAGUAUUAUUCUCCAGUAUUAUUUAUUUAUUUUGUUUGCAUUUGACAACUCUGUGUGAAAGCAUUCUGAAUGUGUUGCUGUAAUAAUGUGCUAAUGUGUCUGAGCAUCCUCUGCAUGUAAAGGUCCCAUGAAGUGGCUUUUAUAUUGUAUUUUUUCUGUGCUGUUUCAUGUUCAGUAGUAUGUUCGGGGAGAGUUUUAAUACUUAACCAGAUAAUUCACCUUUUUUAGGUGCAGGAGGGACACGUUAUGGUUUUACGUGAUGAUAAUGAUUGCAGGGGUUGGCUGGAUCACCCCCUCUGUCAUGAGCACAUUGUUCUGAAUGAAGUUUUAUAUUUGCUCCGAGCUAAGCCAUUUAAAAGAAUGGGACACUUUAGAAGAAGAGAAAAUGGAUUUCAUAUAUACAAAAUAUGCAACUAAGAUUCUACACCACCCAGGGACACAAGCCAUUUUUUCAUUUCAUGGGACCUUUAAACUUAAAUAGCACAAGUUUUCUGCUUGGAAAGUACAGCUCCACAUGCCUUAACAUCUCAAAUGUUUUGCAAAAAGGGAAGAAGAUGUUUAUAUUUUCAUACUUUUGUCCUUGUUUGUAUUUGCAUAUUUUAGAAAUAAAGAGUUUGAACAGUU